UAACAUUUGGCCGAAAAAAACAUAGGUAAAUUUGUUAUUUUUUACGUUCAUGGAUGUAGUUGGGUCUUAAACAGUUUAUGAUUGAGUAAAGUUUACAAUUAGGGUGGGUUAUAGUUAGUAUGAAACAUGAAUGUACUGUACUGUACUUAUUUCCCCAUCUGGACUCGAGCCUGAUCUACUAGGAUACAACAUCCAAUCGUAGUAGUAGUAGUAGUUGUAAAAUUGAGCUUGGGUAUCCAGCCUCCAGAUAUGUGCGCCUUGGUACACCGUCCCAAUAUGGCUGCCGCACUCACGUGUCUAACCAGUUUAGCUAAGCAGGGCGUGUUGCCUCUUUAAACAAAACGUGCUCACUACAGCAAGUUACAUUGCAUAGCAGGCUGUACCGGAAGUAAUACAUAUACAUUUCAAAACAAUGUAGAUAUUGUGGACACAUUAGCUACGUUCCUGUCGAUCAUAAAGGGUUAAAUACCCACUAUAUGAACAAAAUGUAAAUCUAAAUUAAUUUAUGAAAAUACGAAGCAUUUGGAAACUAGUUUUACCCUCUAAUCGGAAGUGACCACACUAUAACUUGAAUCGACGAUAACUUGAACGGUGGCUACGACAAUGCCACGCAGCUUCCAUUUAAACCUCGCUGUUACACUUUAUCGAGAAUCUCCAAGCGUAAAUUGAAAAGUGUUGAUGCAGAGGUGUGUGAUUCUGCUAAUCAAGAAUACCGUCGCCCUUCGCCCCCUGGCCCCCCGGCUCCUCCGAGCGUGCGCGACCUCUUCACGCCUCUCACCUCCGCCUCCCGAAUCCCGCCGCCGUCUUCUCUCGCCAGCCGACCAUCACGGAGCCCUCCCCCUCGCCGCGUUCUGCCGUCUCUUCCCGCACCCGCCCGACGCCAUGGCAGAGCAGCGCUUCCUGGUGGAGUACGCCAAGCGCGGCACGGCCGGCUGCAAGAAGUGCAAGGACAAGAUCGCCAAGGGGAUUGUGCGCAUCGGCAAGGUGGUGCCCAACCCGUUCAGCGAGUCGGCCGGCGAGAUGAAGGAGUGGUACCACGUCAAGUGCAUGUUCGAGAAACUGGAGCGCGCCCGCGCCACCACCAAGAAGAUCGAGGACAUCACUGACCUGGAGGGCUGGGAGGAGCUGCAGGACGAGGACAAGGAGCUCAUCAAUCAACAUGUCUCAGACCUGAUGGCCAAAGUGAAUUCGAGUCCCAAGAAGAAGGUGCAGGCCAAGUUGAACACGUCGGGCAAGCUGAUGUCUCCUCCCGCCGCCGACUCUUCCUUGAACGCACCGCGCAAGUUCUCAGGCUUCACCGCUGCCAAGGCAGGCGCCUCGUCGUCUGCACCCUUGCCCUCGCCCACCAAACCUAACCAGGGCAGCGCUCUGGCCACCCAACUAUGCGACCCGAACCACAAGGACUGCCUGUUCCGAGAGUUCCGCAAAUUGUGCGCCACGGUGGCCGAGAACAACAGCUACAACAGCAAGACGCAGAUCAUCGAGAAGUUCCUGCGCAAGGGCACCGGCGGAGACCGGUUCCACGGCAACUUGUACCUGACGGUGAAGCUGCUGCUGCCCGGCGUGGUGAAGAGCGUUUACAACCUCAACGACAAGCAGAUCGUCAAACUCUUCAGCCGCGUCUUCCGGUGUAACCAGGACGACAUGGUGCGAGAUCUGGAGAAGGGCGACGUGUCCGAGACGGUUCGCAUGUUCUUCGAAGAGAGCAAAGCCUUCCCCCCGUCGCCCAAGAGCCUGCUGACCAUCCAGGAGGUGGACGCCUCGCUCACCCGUCUCGCGCAGCUCACUAAAGAGGACGAGCAGCAGGCCGAGCUGGAGGAAAUUGCCAAAAAGUGCACCAGCAACGACCUAAAAGGCAUCAUCCGGCUCAUCAAGCACGACCUGAAGAUGAGCGCCGGAGCCAAGCAUGUACUGGACGCUGUGGAUCCAAACGCCUACGACGCCUUCAAGGCCUCCCGGAACUUGGGCGACGUGAUCGAGCGCGUGCUGAGGAACCAGCAGGAGUCGUCCAACGGGUCGGGCCCGAGGAAGCUGCUCACUGUGGAGGCCUCGCUCAUGACACCGGUUCAGCCCAUGCUGGCGGAGGCGUGCAAAUCCAUUGAGUACGCCAUGAAGAAGUGCCCCAAUGGCAUGUACUCUGAGAUCAAGUACGACGGCGAGCGUGUGCAGGUGCACAAAAGUGGGGACAGCUUCAGCUACUUCAGCCGUAGCCUCAAACCGGUGUUGCCUCACAAAGUGGCCCACUUCAAGGACUACAUCCCGCAGGCGUUCCCCGGCGGCCACAGUAUGAUUUUGGACGCCGAGGUGCUGCUUAUCGACACAAACACCAGCAAGCCGCUCCCCUUCGGGACGCUGGGUGUGCACAAGAAAGCCGCCUUUCAAGACGCCAACGUGUGCCUCUUUGUCUUCGAUUGCAUAUACUUCAAUGGCAACAGUCUCAUGGAGAGGCCGCUGUGCGAGCGCCGGAAGUUCUUGCACGACAACAUGGUGGAGGUGCCCAACCGGAUCCUGUUUUCCGAGAUGAAGCACGUCACGCGUGCAGGAGACCUGGCCGACAUGAUCACUCGAGUCAUCAGGGAAGGUUUGGAAGGCCUGGUGCUCAAAGAUGUGAAGGGCUCGUACGAACCGGGCAAGCGUCACUGGCUGAAGGUGAAGAAAGACUACCUGAACGAAGGUGCCAUGGCCGACACGGCAGACCUGGUGGUGCUGGGCGCCUUCUACGGGAAAGGCUCAAACGGCGGCAUCAUGUCCAGCUUCCUGAUGGGCUGCUACGACCCGGACUCCAAGAAGUGGUGCACGGUCACCAAGUGCUCGGGAGGCUACGAUGACGCCAUGCUGGCUCGGCUCCAGAAGGAACUGGACGUUAUCAAAAUUAGCAAGGACCCCAGCAAAAUUCCCGUCUGGCUGAAAAUCGUCAAGAACUACUACCCGGAUUUCCUCAUCCGUAGCCCCGAGCAAGCGCCCGUGUGGGAGAUCACAGGUGCCGAGUUCUCCAAGUCAGAGAUGCACACGGCCGAUGGAAUCUCCAUCCGCUUCCCGCGCAUGACGCGCAUUCGUGACGACAAGGACUGGAAGAGCGCCACCAACCUGCACCAACUUAAAGAGCUGUAUCGCAUCUCCAAGGAAAAUUGUGAUUUCAAAGUGACGGCGGGACCCUCCGGCGAAGACCAGGGUUCGUCGGGAGGGGACAGCGACGGAAACUCGCCCGCUCUGGGCACGUCGUCGCGUGAAAAAGCCUUGCUCAAGAAGACGGGCAACAGUCACCUAGCCAAACGCAAGGUGGUGAAAUCUGAGCCGAGCUCCCCCGCUCUGGAGGCCCCCGCCUCCAAGAAGGUGCGGAAGAGUGAAAAUGGAGAGCAGAGCAACGGACACGCCAAGAAGCCAAAGGUGGCAGCUCCUCCCCCUCCGCAAAUGCUGCUGUCCCAAAAUGACAAGACACUGCUAGACAUCUUCAGCGGUGUCAAGCUGUUCCUACCGUCGGGCGUGGAUGACUUUGCCAAGCUGCGGCGUUACUUCGUGGCAUACGACGGCGAUCUCGUCGCCGACUACGACGCCACCUCGGCCACCCACACGCUGGCGGGCGACGGGGAGGAAGAGGGCGGCGCCGGCCGGGCCCAGCGGGUGUCGCCCAACUGGAUCUGGGAGUGCAUUCGCAAGAGGCGGGUGGUGCCUCCCUGCUAGCUACAACAACAAAAGAAACAAGUCGUUGGCUCAUGCGCCGAUGAAAUCUGUAACGCCGCGUCUUCGAUUUGUCAACACGGCGACCUUGGCCGUAGUCGUCAGCGGUAAUAAAAAGCAACAGCUGGUGAAUCAGAAGGGGAAGCUUUGGGAAACUAUGGAGACAUACGCUUUCAUUUGUAAUGCAGCAUCUAUAUAUAUAUAUAUAUAUAUAUAUAUAUAUUUUUUUUUUUGUAUUUAAAUCAUGAGAUGAGCGUGAGCCAAGGUGACCUGGAUGUGAAAUAAAAAGUUAUGGUGAGGAAUAAAAAGGACACUACUUCAGUCAGCAGGAAGUCAGACUGCGACGAGAAUCAAGUUGACUUUUUGAAGAAAAACGGAAAUGCAUCACAAGAUAAACUGCAAGGGGAAGUAAUGAGGGAGAAUUCCCCCCCCCCCCACACACACACACACACAAGAAGUUAGUUUUUCUCAAUGUUUUCUCAAAUCACAAGAUGGAUGGGAGAGGAAAAAGAAUACACUAAAUCAUAAGAAAAGGUGCCCGAGAUUUACAAACUAUGAGGAAAAUACAAAUAAAUUCAUCAAUUUUCUUCACCGCUUGUCCUCAAGAGGGUCGCAGGGACUGCUGGAGCCUUUCCCAACUGUAAUCGGGCACGAGACGGGGUCCACCCUCAACUGGUCGCCAGCCAAUCCCAGGGCACAUGGAGACAAACUACCGCACUCACAAUCACACCUACGGGCAAUUCAGAGUGUACAAUGACUGUUGCAUGUUUUUGGGGAUGUGGGAGGAAACCGAAGUGCCCACUCGGAGAAAAGCAGGCACGGGGAGAAGAUGCAAACUCCACACAGGCCGGGAUUAAACCCGGGACCUCAGAACUGUGAGGUCAACGCUCUACAGCUGGUCCACUGUGCCGCCGCAGUUCAAUUAUAAUAAAAUCAUUUUACAAUGAAUUAAUCUGAAUAAUUGUAUCCUUCCGCAAUUACUCAAGU